AUUUGAUGUGCAUGUGAAGCCAGCGUUGUUCGAAGUCAACGUGUAAACGUUGGAGACUACCAAUGUCAAUGGUAAGACUCUGUCGUUGGCAAUGGUUCUCUGGGUCCAGUCUUCAAGCAGCAGUGCUCACCACCUGAAGUUAUAGAUGCGCUAGUUUUUUAACACUUGUAUGUUUACCAAAUAAACCAAGUUAACUUUCGAGUUUCGUAACACCAAAUAUUCAAGUGGAUUCUCUCCAAUCACACGAACGUUACUUAACCCAACGUUAUUAUCACUUCCCGGAUUAUCAAGAUACCCCCAUUACAAUUUAACCGUGCCGUCAGCGACCUUUUCCUCCACCACCUUGACACAUCUAUCACACCGCCCCCGACAGGCUCAAGGCGAGAUGUCCUACUUCUUCCGCUUCCACGACCUGAUCGGGGGCCUUCACGUGCCCAUCGACGAUGGCAUAGACAAACUUAACCGGAAGUACACACUGCUCGUUUUCCUGUUUCUUGCACUUCCCAUCUUUACCAAACAGUACAUUGGAGAUCCCAUCCAAUGUUUCAGCCCGACGUACUUCACUGACGCCCAAGCCCGUUACGUCAAUAGCUACUGUUGGACGGCAUCAACCUACUUCUUGGUCACAGUAGACAAUGACAAAGACACCUUUGGCCCAGCGAAGCAUUUUGAUUCCGAAGAAAUAAACUAUAGCGGAUUCGAUGUGUACACUGUACAGAGGAACAGGUUACGCCGAAUUUAUGUAAGCUACUAUCAGUGGUCCACUGUCAUUUUAAUGGUGCAGGGUGUUUGUUUUCAUUUGCCUUUUAUUAUGUGGAGUGCUUGCGCACAUAACGCAGGCAUCAAGCUGCGUCGUCUGCUAAAGCAGGCCUCUGAUAUCGCCGCCCUGCAACCAGGGUGUCAACAACGGGAUUCUCUUUUGAAUGAAUUUGUUGAUCAAUUCAAUACUCUUGUUACCAAAAACGCAGGAUGGUGUACGGACCUUUUGUGUCGCUUUCCUUUAAUAGGCUGUCGUUGUGUCGCAGGACCAAGUCGCUACCUAGCCUUGUUAUAUAUGUUAGUGAAGGUUUUUUACUUAGCCAACGUGGGUGUUCAGUUUCUACUUCUCAGCGCCUUUUUGGGUAAAGGAUAUCUCCGACACGGGUUUGAAAUUUUACGCCGCCUGGCAGCGAGCGGAGACUGGUGGAAUUCUCCUAGGUUUCCUUUGCAGACCUUAUGCCAAGUCCGCGCGGCCAUGCAAGGUGCCCUCCAGACCUACGUGUGCAGAUGUGUUCUGCCUAUCAAUGUUUUUAACGAAAAAAUAUAUUCUAUCAUCUGGUUUUAUUUAGCCAUUCUCCUUCCACUCAAUGCGGUUAGUCUUAUACUAUGGAUAUGGCGAAGUCUUCCUUGUAAUCGACUUGCCUUUAUCAGAUUAUGCUUGUGGAGAUCAAGACUAGUCAAUAUGAGUGAGGUUGCCAGGACAGCUAGGAAGAUAUCAUCUAAUUAUCUAGGCUGGGAUGGUGUCUUUGUACUUCGACUAAUCGAACAGAAUCACGGCAGCGCCAUGGCCACAGUCAUCAUCACCAAGCUUUGGGAAUUUUAUUCAAGUCAAAUGAAGCCACAGGAAGAAGGAAACAGUGACGUGGAAAUGACACCAAUGGCUAUAGGCAUUCUUCCUGUAGCGCCGUCUAUACCUUGGCAUUCCUCUCACUCUGGAACAUGCCAACUUAGCCAUUUUGGCCAGCAGACUUUUCCCUCUACAAAACGUCAAACUCCUAAUAGUUACUGGGGAAAAUGAUCUUAACGUAAAAGUUUUAACCUCGUGUUUACAAGUAUACUCUGAUAGAAGACGCUGAAAGAGAAACUGUUAAAGAUAUUCCUUUGUC